AACUCUGUGCCACGUUGUAUCCCGUGAGCCCUUGCGCUCUUCCGCCCCUCUGUGUCCCAUGAUGCCCCGCGCCUUCCGGCUGCGACUACUCUCAGCCCCGCCUCUUCCGGCGCGUACCCGAUCAUGGCGCAGGGGCAGCGUAAGUUCCAGGCGCGCAAGCCUGCGAAGAGCAAGGGAGAUGGCAGUCAGGUAGGGAGAGGGCUCUGGGCAGGCUUCCCCCUGCCUGGGGUCCCCUCUGACUGCCCUGUGGUUGCCCCUCAGAGCCUAGAGGUGGGGAUCCGGAAGAAGAUCGAGCAUGACGUGGUAAUGAAAGCCAGCAACAGCCUGCCCAAGAAGCUGGCGCUGCUCACGGCCCCCAAGAAGAAGGGGGCAGUGGCGCCCUCCAAGACGUCGUCCUGAGGACGCAGCCAACACCACAGCCUCCAUCUCCAUACUCAGACCUGGCAGGCACCCCCAUGCACUGUGCUGUGGGGGAGGGGGUCCUGUCCCACAGACUGGGUUAUACCUAGAACUUCGGUGGGAGCCUGACCCGGGAGUAGGCAAUCAGCGGAGUCCAGUGGUGGCCGGAAAGAUGUGGUCACCAGCUUCCUCUGUCUCCACUGGCUUAACCCACAGUAAACCUGGCUUUCUUGUUC